GGCGAGGCAAUUAUCACCACUGAAUGCUGCAUCUCCAGCGAUGUAAGGGAAACGCCGGAGGAGCCGGAAACCCAGGAACCGGAGCCACCUGAAACGGAAGCCCAACCCAGUGCCCCAAGUGCCCCGCCCGCGACGACCUCUCACAUCGUCCAGUAUCCCAAUCUGCACCCUAUGCAGUUGUCCAAUGCCAAAGUGGAGUCCGCCAAGAUUGUGUACCGCCAGGCGGAGUCACCCACCGGUUUCGCCCUGGCCAGGAGUCACAUAAAGCCACUGAGCACCGAGCAACUCCCGCAAAUCUACGAUUGCCCCGAUCUGGAGUUGGCCAAGCAAUUUGAGCUCGAGUUCCUCAUGAACUCUCUGCUGGAGUCCAGCGAAUCGGAUUCUCUAUAUGCUGCCGUAAUGGAAUACUACGAACUGCAGGGCAAGAUUACCUCCAAUAUGCACGAUGUGCAGAAACUGCGCAAGGGCUGCACGGACUCCCAAAAGCAAAUCUGGGUGCGUCAGCCAGUUACGCGUACCUUCAGUGGAACCUGCGGAGAUGGCAACGCAGUCCAGGAGAGCAUCACCUACGAUCAAAUCAAGGUGGAUCCUAUUAAACUAGAACUGGCCCAGACGGCUUUGACUGGCCUUUACGACCUGGUUUGUCACACUUACACCAACAACCUGAUUACAGCCAAUAUAACCAAAGUGAAGGUGAACGAAAUCAUCAACGAUCUGCUGGCCUAUCCAAAUGCAGAUGGACAGUCGGCGAUUAUAUUGCAUCACUCACAGACUGGCAGUGCUCUGGAGUGCGUUUCCCAACUAAGGCGAGCCAUUUCCACACUCUUCAGCUUCGUUCGACGGCCAAGUCCCAAUGUGAACUUCGUCAAGGGCCUCAAGGAAUGGCUGCGCAAGCUGAUUGCCUUGCAAGUUUUGCUGGCCACCAAGGAGGUUCACUGGUUCUUGCUGUUCAAUAUCCUGCGCUGUCCCAAUGGCGUUGGCUCCUGGGCCGCCCAAUUCCUGCAGUUGCCUGGAACGCGAACAGUGGCUAAGGGUUCCCAAGAAAACGAGCUGCCCCUAGACCUUAUCCCCGAGCUAAAUCACUGUAUGGCCGUGCUGCAGAUUCUGCUGAUGUCGGUGAAAAAGCGAAACGAGUAUCUCAAAAGACAGGCCCAAGCACACCGGGAACUUUCCAACGAUUUGGUGAGGAAUGCGGAGGCUGCCUUUCCGGAAGACUUCUGGCAAAAGUUCGAUCUGGCCAAUGCAGAUGUGGCGCCCGAGGAUAUGUACUACCUGCUGCAGCCCUUAUUUGAGAUGGCCAACGAUCGGAACAUCUUCCACAUUGAAUACAUAUACCAGUCCACGAGGGAAAUUUGCUAUAAAACGGCGCGUGACAUGCUGGCCAACUUGAUGGAAGAGGAUCUCUUGGGCUGUCUGCUGGUUCACCUGAAUAUGCGAUACGGCGAAGUCGAUCAGGCGGCGUACCUUUUCAAGGCUCUGCCACUGGAGAACUGGCACCCCAGCAUGGACAGCUUCGAGGUGCUUUCAAAUUGGCUUCUUCACUUCGACUACCAAUCCUCGGAGAGUCAUUUGGCGCGCCUGAUCAUCAGUCACCUAAACUGGGGAUUGGAUUGCGAGGGACGUCUCUUUCUGCCCCACAACAUUCAUGUAAGAAUGGCCCACUUGGUGAAUGAGGCGUUGAACAAGUAUGCUCCCAAGGUCAUCGGAGCCUCCGGCAUCUCCGAGAUCAGGGAGUAG